AUGGGCCAAGAACCGAACCCAAACUCUAACCACAGGUACCGCUGGGUGAUUCCGGUCGAAGACCCCUGCAAGUGCACAAGGGUGAAGCUCGGGGGAUUGUCAACGCACACACCUCAAAGACUAUUCAACGUGACUUACUACGACAACUAUCUGCGAAGUAACGACCUCAAAGAGAUCAAACACUGGCUCAACUGCCCAAGACGUUUGAUGAAGACACGAACAGAUUGUGCUGACAUUCUCGCAGAGGGUGUGACUAAGAGUGGUGUGUACAAGAUCAGACCUCUGAAUUUUAAUGAGUCUUUCGAGGUAUACUGUGAUAUGGACACAGACGGAGGAGGAUGGAUGGUAUUCCAGCGGCGUAAGGACGGCAGUGUUGACUUCGACCGGACUAUUGCCGAAUACCGUGAGGGCUUUGGGUCUUUUGAUUCAGAGUUUUGGCUCGGUAACGACAUUUUGCACCGUAUGACCGCUCAGGGCGAGUACGAACUCCGCGUUGAUCUCUCCGACUGGGAAAACAAUAUGGCGGACGCCCUCUACGACUCAUUCAGCAUCGCCGAUUGGAGUGGCAAGUACAGGCUUGCUUUGGGAAUUUACCGUAGUACAUCAACCGCAGGCGACUCACUGAGCUCUCACAGUAACCUUCAGUUCUCUACCAAGGACUUAGACAACGACUACCAUUCGUCGGGCAACUGUGCCCAUAUAUACAGUGGAGGGUGGUGGUACAAUGCCUGUCAUGAGUCCAAUCUUAACGGGGAGUACCACCAAGGGACCAAAACAGCAUUCGGUCAUGGAAUCAUUUGGACUCACUGGAAGGGAAUGCUCUACUCACUCAAAACCACAGAGAUGAAAAUAAGAGCCAAACCAUAA